AUGUACAUCUCCAGGUAUAACCCACCGGCACAGAUUCUGGCACUGCAGCCCCCACAACCCAGGCACUCCGCCAACCAAACCAACUGGCAGCCAUCGGAUUCCGUCUCACCUGCAUUCACCCCCCCAGCGCAAGCUGGAAAUGGAAACGGCCCUACAACGACGGGUGACGCGAAUGGUAGUCCGGCGUUGAUUCCGGUCUCACUCGUUGGCGUCCGCUCUGCCCCUCCGAACCCGUUACUGGGUGCGCUCGAACGAAUCGCGGCUCCGGUGUCUGCUGCCGAGACCGGUGGGGAAGGCGCAGACGAAGCCGACUCCGGGCCGAGGGUGUCUACGGACUGCGUUGAGGACGAUAGAGAGUGCAGCUCUUUGCCACCGACAGAAAGACGAGGGUCCUUCGGCAGUCUCGACGAGGGGUCCAUCGGCUUGAGACGGAUCUUCCAGGACCAGAGCGAGGAUUCCUUCGAGGCCUGGUCGGACGAUAAUGAUGAUGGCGGGCAAGACACCGUUGAUCCGUCUGCUGAGCGUCCGCCAGUGUACCCCACCGCCGUACCUCCUCCGCCUCCUUCCGCCUUCAUCCCGGAUGCCCUCAGCGGUCCCCCACAUCCAUCGUUCUUGGCUCAUCUUCGUCCUUGCCGGACUAUACCCCGAAUCAUCUCUGCAUCACUCGAUCCAUCCGAACAAGCCAUCAAAUUAGAUCCCAAGCUCUCCGAUGCCAUCUUGGGGCUUGCGAUCAGUUACUCGAACGAGAAUCGUCGGGCGGAAGCGUUUGAAGAGAUCGAGCGAUGGAUCGAGGUGGAGAGUUCUCGGGUACCCAAGUAUCGUCAUGCGGCCCUCGCUCCCUCGGCUCCACAAAAGAACAGGGCAGACCAUAUAACAGGAUCGAUGACGGAGGAGGAUGGCCCAUCGAGGCUGAAGGCAAAGCACGGAGAAUUAAUGGGUCGGUUGAUCGAGCUAGCUCGACUUGUUGUCAAGAACGAGGGCGGCAAGGAGAUUGGUGGUGGCAACCACUACUGCACCAUCUGCCGGGCCCCUAUUCUUCCUACUCAUCCCGGUAACUUGAAUUCCUCUUUUGAAUUUAUCUCUCCAUUCUUCGGGUCUCUUCAAUGGCAACGUCCAUACCUCUUCGAUAGAGCUUGUGAUUGCUUUAGUACCGCUCUCGCCGUCUGUCCCGAUGAUCCUCUUCUCUUUAAUCGUCUUGGAGCUACUUUGGCUAAUUCUGGUAAACCCGAAGAAGCUAUCGAGUACUAUCAUAGAGCAAUUGAAUUAUCACCGAGUUAUAUUCGAGCUAGAUAUAACUUGUCGAUCUCUUUAAUCUCGACGAUCGAAGGAAGAGAAAUAGGAUCAGAGUCAGAAGGAGGCGACAAUAGGACCGGCUUGAUUAGUCGUUUACGAGGCGCUCGUCCUAGUCAAGGAGAUCAUCAGCAAGAGGGAGGAGGAGGACGCACGGGACCGGAUUUGAUAGAAGACCAAUUAUUGGAUUAUGAGGCAAUGGUCUGCUUGGCUCAAUUGAUCAGCCACAAUACUCUUAACUCUCUGUUCUUUGGUACGGCUACCAACAAACCUCCAAAUCUUGUCACCCUUACUCAGCAGGAAAUUGACAAUUCUCUCAAAUUUAAGAAAUUCUCGUUUGGUUAUCUGAUUGAUCAUCGUAAACAUUCUCCUCUUGUUUGCUCUGCUUCUUCUCAUUCGGUCGCGGAAGAUCUCGUUGGUUCCAGCGCAGUCGGUUCAGAUGAUCAUCCUCAGGAUGAUGAUGAUCAUCUUGCGGGUCAGGUCUUGGAUGGAUUCGAGUCUUUUGCUCUCGCCGAUCAUGUCGAUCUCAAUGGUGAUGAGGAGGAUUCAAUUUCAGUCCUCGAAAAUACAAUUGAAAAAUGAUGUAUGGGACCUAUGCAAGCAUAAUCUGGUGGAUUCCAUGUAACCCCGAGGUGCUCAAGACAACCCUCAUGCCGGUCAUCAAAGUCUUACUCCAACACAUACAAUUCAUUACAAUUCAUCUAUGGCUCCCUGCCCCCCUCCUCCUCCUCCUCCUCCAAUCAGUCUCUCCAAUCCUCUUCAAAACAGAGAAAAAAGGCCUACAGCCCUUUGAUUGUUUACGUACUCUAUACUGCCAUUGACAAUCUUCUUGAUACAGCCGGACCCCUGACUUGGCCAGACUCUUGGCCCAUCAACCUCCAAAAACUCCUGCUAACCAAAAUCUUUCUAUUGCGAGACAUUUAUACCCCUGCCUUUCACAAAUUGUUAUUGACAUAAUCUCAUGAAUGCUGACCAAUGGUGAUUCCCUUUUUGCAUAACAGUGAAACAAUACUGGAAUCAAGAA